GCCCGCGUGAUGAAGAUAUCGUUUUGCUAAUAUCUGGUCUCCCUCAAGUUUUCUUCUUCCCAAACACUCACAGCGGUACAAUGGGAAACAAUGCCACCGAGGAAGGAUGGCUGAGGAAGAAAACAGUAAAGCAGUGUGAAGUAUAUAAGUAGGCUGAUCGCAGUGUGAUCCUUCUUGCUUCUCUCCCAUCUCCUCUUUCAUCACCAUUUCUAUCCAAUACUUUAAUAACUAAUACUUCAACUUGCCAACCAGUCGCUCCCGCAAACACCACAGCCAAGAUGCAGCUCGCCAUUAUUGUCUACCUCUUUACUACAGCCGUCGUUGCCGUCCCAGCUACCAUCUUUGCCCGCGAUAUUUGCUCUUCUGGCGUCCCGAAUAGCGUAGCGCGGUGCUGCACCGUCGAUACAGCGGGUGUCGCCGACCUCGAGUGCGAAGACGCCAGCACCGACCCUAACCGCGAACAAGACCUUGGCCGGAUCUGUGGUUAACAAGGCAAGGAGGUUAUGUGCUGCAGCGUGAUAGUCGCCGGUCAGGGCCUCGUAUGUGCGCCCGCUUAACCGGUGUUUGCUGCUCUACAUUAGCAUGAAUUACCUUCCAGGAUCGGCUCCUUGAGGGACUACAGUAGUUGCGUGUGGUUUUAUCCAAAAAAAAGGGGGGGAAUUGUCUUGAGAACUACAUUCCCCGUCCAUUUAGCCUGUGGCAUAUUGGCUCUUCAAUACCAAAACAAAGAAUCAAUUUGAAAGCGUAUACAUCAUCGGUCGCUUCGCCAUGAUAUCUUUAACACACGAAAUUAUAAAAACAGAAGCCCUGGACCUAAUGCAUAAAUCGUAC